AUGCUCCUUCUCAAGCCUUCCGCCAGUGACGUCGUUCACUCCCAGCUGUUCAUUCGCACACCAGAUGACUGGGAGCUCGAAGUGUCGAUAUUUUUUUCAAAAGAUCAAUGGAAGGCGGUGCUUCCAGUGGAAGUAAUUUGCCUCCAGACAGUGACCGAUGACAGUCGGCGGCCAACCUUCCUGCGUACGGUAUAUCUGGGUCGGGCUCUCAUCGUCGUUGGUCCCACUAGUCAGCCAUUCGAUGUUGAAAAUAAUGAACAGAGGUUAGUCUAUGGGAUCGGCGUGAUACCAGACUUUGCGGACGACGUCCAGAACAUGCGCCUCUCCUUCCUCAUGCGCUUCCGCCCUCCGCACGACUUUUACGCUUUCGUGGAGCUCGAUGAUCGCCUCUGGAUGUCACAGGUGCUCACUGGCCUGGCACAAAAUGCGACAACAACAAUAACAACGAAGAAGACGCAGAUGCUUCCUGUGGCAGUGCCGACUGAAGUCGUCAGCGGCGACGUGGUGCGCUACGAGUUUAAGGCGCUGACCAAUAUCACCAGUGAUUUUGAGGUAAGUCAGGACAGUUUUUAUUGUGGCAUCCCCUAG